AAGGCACCCUCGCACACUCCCCCUUAAGAGCUUUUCACAACUUUAUUUGCUCUUUUUCUCCCUUUCUCCAUGCUACUCUCUCUUCCUCUUUCUUUCCCCUGACCCCUAUCCUGCAGCUCAAGGUAACUUAGAGCAGGAAGUUGGCUGUCGGUAAAAGGGGGCAGGUCUGAAAAAAGAGGAGGAGUAGGGGAUGUGUCAUGGCUGAUUGGUAUGCGCUGCAUCCAAUAGCUUAUGAGGACCGGGUUUUCUCAUUGGCUGCAAGUAUCAGUGAGGUGGGAGCCGGCUGGGAGGCGGGGUUUGAGUAUCAUGUAGCAUGCUAGAUUGAUUACUCCUGAAUGUUAAAGGGGAAGGAGGCUGUAGAUUUUUGUCUGUGAGUCGGGAGUUGCCGCUGUCCUGUUUGCCUGCUGUUGCCUGCUGCUGUGCUGGCUCUCUAUCCCACCCUUUGCCCUCUCCUCUGAUAUGGGCCAGGGGUCAGCUCAAAGACAAACGCGUAUAGGUCACAGGCUAGAGAGACGUGGAGGGGGGAGAGAGUAGAAAAGAAAGAGAAAGAGAGAAGGUCAGUGAGUUGAGGAGACUUGGUCAGAGACCGGGCUGUGUGUUUGGGCAGCAGGAGGACGUUUGGGGGCUGCUGAAGGAGACGGGGCAAUGAGUAAAGAGAGAGUGGAAGAGAGAAAGGGGGAGGGGUAGCAGAAGGGGGGCUUGCUCUUCUUACUAUGUCCAAGCUGAGAGUCCUUUUUAGAAGCCGUCCAGUGGAGCCAGAGUGCCUUUUGUCUGUGUUGAUACGAUCAGAGGACCGGAGGAAGUAAAGGGACUUUGAAAGAGUUUUUCUGUCAACCUCUGUGCCUCUUCUUCCUGCUGCUGCUGCUCUCAAGGGGACUUGGACAGGGCUAUCUGUUUCACCUGUUUUUCUCUGAUCGGACAGGGCAGACCGCUCACCAUGAAGGGCACAGGGCCGAGUAGAAGAUGUCUGCAGAUGCGUUUGGAGCCGGGGGCAGCGAUGCCCAGCAAACCCUUCAGUCCUUCUGGCCUCGUGUCAUGGAGGAGAUCAGGAACCUCACUGUGGAUUUUCGCGUGCAGGAGUUACCUCUAGCCCGAAUCAAAAAGAUCAUGAAGCUGGAUGAGGAUGUCAAGAUGAUCAGUGCAGAGGCUCCAGUCCUGUUUGCUAAGGCAGCUCAGAUCUUCAUCACAGAGCUCACCCUCAGAGCGUGGAUCCACACCGAGGACAACAAGAGGCGCACGCUACAGAGGAACGACAUUGCCAUGGCAAUAACAAAAUUCGACCAGUUUGACUUCCUGAUCGACAUCGUGCCCCGGGAUGACCUGAAGCCUCCAAAACGACAGGAGGAGAUGCGUCAGUCGGUAGCUCCAGCCGAGCCGGUGCAGUACUACUUCACUUUGGCCCAGCAGCCUGGAGCUGUGCAGGUGCAGGGGACACAGUCUGCCCAGCAGGCUGGAGCACAAGCAGCCACAACCAUUCAGCCGGGGCAGAUUAUCAUCGCACAAUCCCAACAAGGACAGAUGCUGCAAGGUGCCACCAUGCAACAGUUUCAGCAAGUGCAGGUGCAAUCACAAGGCACACCCAUCACGAGUGCACCUGUCAUGCAGGUGAGUGAGGGUCAACAGGUACAGAUUGUCCAAGCUGCGCAGGGUCAAGCUCAAACAGCUCAAGCCCAAGGCCAGACCAUGCAGGUCAUGCAGCAAAUCAUCACCAACACAGGAGAGAUCCAGCAAAUCCCGGUGCAGCUUAACACCGGCCAACUACAAUACAUCCGUCUAGCUCAGCCUGUGUCUGGGGCCCAAGUGGUCCAAGGACAGAUUCAGACUCUUGCCAACACCCAGCAGAUCACUCAGGCAGAAGUACAGCAAGGACAGCAGCAGUUCAACCAGUUUACUGACGGACAGAAGAUCUUCUCAGAUGUACAGUAUGAUGUUAAUUCAUCAGACAAUGUCUUUCAGUUGUAUCAGAUUCAGCAGGUGACAAUGCCAGCAGGACAGGAGCUGACCCAACCAAUGUUCAUUCAGUCCACUAACCAGGCGGGUGAAACACAGGUCACGCAGGUCACCACUGAAUGAGUCCGGCCAGGAAGCUUUUCUCCACAUACACAACGCCCCUACAAGCCCAUGAUGCCACCGUUUGAUAACCCUAAAUUGAAGCCCCUCUCAGAUGGAGGGUGGACCUGAAAUCUUAAAACUCUUCUUUUGGUCAUACAUUUAGUACACUGGAUAAAAAGCCAAAGGGACACUAAAUUGACUUUUUCAUAUUUAUGUUUAGUUACAUCCAUGUUCAGACACUUUUUUAUACUUUUGUCCCCUACCGCCACCUGCCACCUGUCUCCCUCCUCCUAUUUCAUGUCUCCACUUCAAUAUUUUUCUAAAAAACACGAGUGUGUGCUUUAUUCCCGGCUCCUUUUUGCUAUCAAUAUGGAAUAAAUUGGGAAAAGUGUCUAUCUCCGUGUACAUGAGCUGCACCUGUCACAUCUAGGGUUUAAGAUGGGAUCCGUCACCUGCUGCUUUUCUUCUUGGGGGCGGGGGGACAAGAAUCAUACUUUCUUAAUUGUUUUUCAUGUUUUUGAUUGAUGAAAUGAAGCCAUAUACCUCAGAUUUCACUUUUUUAAAGCAAGUCAAUCUAAGGGAUUUCCAUAAGAGGUUGUGAGGUUCAAUGAUAAUAUUUCAUGUACUUUCUCUUUUGUCUUGUUUUCCACAUUAAGAUGAAGCAAACUGAAAAGAUUGAAUCAGUGAGGAUGCGUAUGCAUGUGCUUAUUCUGAGUGUCCACACUGUUGCUGUGUUUGUUUUCUCUCCAUAUUUCUUCACCCCUCCCCAUUUUAAGAGCAGAGAAUCCUUCUCUGCCUCUAUGCAGCUUCCACCACCCCCCCUCUUCCCCGGUGGUUUAAGUCUCAUGCACAAACACAUGACUUUAAAAAAAAAAGAAAAAAAAAAAAACUUUUUAUAGAAGUCUCAGUUGACCAAUAGUGUUUUACUUCCAGUCCUGAAUUGAUGUUUUGGCCUAACAUCUUCCCCCUUUUUUUGUACAGUAAUGAUUAUUUUCAAUGUUCUUAUUAUUGUUGUUUCUGCAUGUAGUUCAAACUGCCAGCAUGACAUGCAUUAGAUAGGUACAAUUUUAUUUUUGACGUUUUUGUAAACAAACUUUGUUUGUGAGAAAAAAUAAAAACUUGUCCAAAAGUU